CGCGCCCCGGGGAGAACCCGAGCAAGAUGGAGGCCGCGCCGAGGCCGCCUCCUGGGCCGAGGCAGCAGCUGCUGGGAGCGCCGAGCCCGGGCGCCUAGGCCGUGCCAGUCCCGGACCCACUGCUCCGGACCGGGCCCAGCUCCCGCCCGUCAGCCCGGCAGCCCGGCGGUCGGUCCCGGGCCGGCGGCCCCCGCCAGCCGCCGUCGCCGCCGCCGGCCCCGCCCCCGGGCACCAUGCUGCCCUCGCAGGAGGCCUCCAAGCUCUACCACGAGCACUACAUGCGGAACUCGCGGGCCAUCGGCGUGCUAUGGGCCAUCUUCACCAUCUGCUUCGCCAUCAUCAACGUGGUGGUCUUCAUCCAGCCCUACUGGGUGGGCGACAGCGUGAGCACCCCCAAGCCUGGCUACUUCGGCCUCUUCCACUACUGUGUGGGCAGCGGGCUGGCCGGCCGCGAGCUCACCUGCCGAGGCUCCUUCACCGACUUCAGCACCAUCCCGUCCGGCGCCUUCAAGGCAGCCGCCUUCUUCGUGCUGCUCUCCAUGGUGCUGAUCCUCGGCUGUAUCACCUGCUUUGCGCUUUUCUUCUUCUGCAACACGGCCACGGUCUACAAGAUCUGCGCCUGGAUGCAGCUCUUGGCAGCUCUGUGCCUCGUGCUGGGCUGCAUGAUCUUCCCCGACGGCUGGGACGCCGAGACGAUCCGGGACAUGUGCGGGGCCAAGACCGGGAAGUACUCCCUGGGGGACUGUUCGGUGCGCUGGGCGUACAUCCUGGCCAUCAUCGGCAUCCUCAACGCCCUCAUCCUCUCCUUCCUCGCCUUCGUGCUGGGCAACCGGCAAACAGAUCUGCUGCAGGAGGAGCUCAAGCAGGAGAACAAAGAUUUUGUAGGCUCUACAGUAAGCUCCGUGUUGCGGCCAGGGGGUGAUGUCUCCGGAUGGGGAGUCCUCCCCUGUCCCGUCGCUCACUCACAGGGACCCUGAGGGCCAGGAUCACAGCCCAGGAAUUGACCUGUCCUCAGCUUGUCCCGUUGCCUGCCCUCUCAUCCCUUCAUUCAAGCUCCGAGGGAAGACCCCAUCCAGGACUGACUGCUCACCUGCUACCUGCCUGUAGCUCCGGGCUUUGAAGAGGUUGGGGCUGGGAUGCAGCGUGCGGGAGGGCCUGAUUCUGCUCCUCCCUCAACUGACCUAAGGGAGCCAGAGCCCUGGGCCCUUGGGCUUCUCCCUUCCUCUCUAGGCCGGCCCGGGGCCCCCACAGAGUCUCCUGGGGAAGUGGCACUGCGGUUCUGGUUCCCCAGGCCCUGUCAGUCUGGAGGGCUCCCACCUGGCUGCAUCCUUGCCUCCUCUGGUCCCUGUCUCCUACAGAAACUUACCGAGGACACUGGCCCAGGGUGGACCGGACUCUUUCCUGUUUUCUCCCCCCUGAUGAUGGUUCCAUCACAUCAUCACAGAGCUCCAGGCACCACCUGCCUCCUCGGGGCCUCUCUGCUGCCUGCGUCAGCCUGUUUUCACCUCUCCCAAAGGAGUCUGAGCUGCACCAAGAGAGAAAACACAGGGCCUCCCUGUCAGCUGCUGAUUGGGGUCCUGAACAGCCCAAAGUCUGAGGACAGACAGGCUUUGGAAGCAGUAGGAGGCGGCGCUCUGAGUCCUAUCUUGGUGACAUCUGACCAUGGCAGCUGGGGCUGGAGGGGGCUCAGCCUUGGGCUGGCCUGGCCUUUUCCCUGCUGGGAUGUCUCACCAGUUACUGGACCCUUGACCCUGGCCUGUUUUGUACAGCACAGACUUCUUGGCCCUGUUGUCAGGGCUGGGGUUUUGGGAGGGGGGACCAAGAAUGGGGAAUUAGGGGAUGCAUCACCCCUCUGCCCCUUCUCAUGCCCCAAACCCGGGCAUCUGCCAAGGGCAGAGACUGUCUUGCCUCUUUGAUACUUUUUCUGCAUAACUUGAACUUGCAGGUCACCUCUGAACAGGGUACCCCCUGUCCCCAUCCCCAGGCCUUGUAACCCUAUCCCCACCUCCACUUUUUCCUCCUUGCCCACCUCUCGCCUUGCGAUAUGCCCAGGGUCUACAGCCCAAUGGGCAGUGCUUGGAGCUGAGGCAUGAGUGUGUGUGUGAGCGUGUGUGUGUGUGUGAGUGUGUGUGUGUGUGUGUGUGU